CAUAGCGGGGGGACGGUAGUGUCCUGCUCAGUUCUUCACCAUGGUCAAAUACGUACUUCACUACUUCAAGGCUCACGGCCGCGGUGAGAGUAUUCGGCUGGCUUUCAAGCUGGCUGGAGUCGACUUCGAAGAGGUGAACUUCACAUUUCCAGAAUGGCCGAAGCUUAAAGAUAAAUUCCCAACCCAACAAACCCCUGCGCUGGAGGUGGAUGGAAAGAUGCUGUGCCAGAGUAAAGCCAUCCUGCGCUAUUUGGCCAAGGAAUUCGGAUUCGACGGGAAGACGAACUUGGAGUGUGCAUUCAUAGACCAGGUAGUGGACACGGUCGAGGAUAUCUGGUCGGCAGCUAACUCUGUUUUCCGCGGGCCCGACUAGA